AUGGCGUCCACUGACUCUCCUACUCGUCGCGUCCUCGGGGACAAGCCUACCAACGCGCCGCUUCGUAAACAAGGCACUACAAAGCCAAUGCAGACUACCAGCCAGACCCCGAGCCUCCUCCCUACUUCUGUCAGUAACCGACUGCCUAUGUUGCACUCCGACAACGCCUCCAAGAGCCCUAGAGCCGGACAAAAACGUCGCAUUGAGGAAGUAGACGAUGUCGAACGCGAUGAUACCAAGGACGAUCUUUCGCAGCGUUCUGACAGCACCCAAGCUUUGUCUGUUAUGAGCGAUGGCCCCGAAGACAUCUCCAUGGACGCUACCGACAACUCCAAAUCUACCAUGGCUACCACGUCUCUCUCGUUCGUGCCCUCGCAACCCGAUUCUGCCCCAAUAGAGACGACAUUCGAGAUAGUGGAGGAAACCAUGAGCCAGAAUAGUCGCGACAAGCUUAAUGCCAUUGUGCUGCCGCAGAACGCAUCUCAACCCCAGAAUCUUCGCCCCGUCCUUGACAAGGAGCAUUCUCAGUUGAGCGUCGGCAUGUCGAGCUUUGUUGACUUCGACCAAAACAUGUCCCAGAAUGUCAGCGAUGGUUUGGAACCGAUCCGACCGGUCGAUGCCAACGUGAACAGCGGCGAGCAGGCAAGUCCAGGCACCACGACCGGCAAGACUGAUGCUAUGGAAACUGCUGAACGAUUGCGAACACGUCUCCAACUGGCCUACUACAAGGUCCAAACAAACCAAGCUACGGUGCCCUUCGGCCGACUUCGUCCUCUCUCACGAUCUACAACACCUCAGCGCCCAAUUGAACCAGUCUCUUCAUCACCUCAAUCCUCGCCGCCGGCACCACAACGCCCCUCACCAGAGACGCGCAUUGCCAUCAUGCGUGCCAAAGCUACGAUGCAAGCCAAGAAAGCCGUGAAGCCUCUCGAGUCCAUGCCCGCUCCCCAGCUCGCUCCAACAGCUUUCUCUGCUCGCAAUAUGGAGGAAGCUGAGUCGACGAGCCAGCAGAUCCCAAGUAGCCCGCCGCUCAGUCAUUCUGCCGGAACCCGGCACGGUAGCGCAGAUGCGGCUCACGGCGCGCCAACUCCCAAACCGAACCCCGCUUCCCACAAUCUACCGCACACUCCGGUGCAGCUGAGCAGCCCACCUGGCAGCCCGGAGCAUGGUAAGAAGCUCACGACCACCCAGAAGCUGAAGCGACAAGACCGGGACGAGACGUACAAGAGCCUGACUAGUAGCGUCGUUAAGGGAGACGCCGCCAACAGCUUGUUGGAACUAAUGAAGGGUGCCCAAAAGGAAUAG